GUAUAAUUAUGUUUGUUUCAGCUAACGAUGGCUCGCAGCCGGGUGUUGCCUGAUGAUGAUGAUCUGAGAGCCGCCAUCGAGAUGUCCGUCAUGAGAGCGUAUUCGUCGAUGGCGCCCGCCGUCGCGCGGACGCUGCCGCACCGCCACGCCACGCAUAGAGUGCCGCCGCGCCGCCUGUCGCCCAGCCCGAGCGCGCGCUCGCGCCGCGAACACGACCAUAUGGACUUGCGCGCCAUCGAAGCCUGCCAGUUGGACGGCGCGUCGCCGGUGCCGAGACGACAUUACAGAUUGGAACCCGGCUCGUAUGGGGGCUCUAGUCACAGCAGUCGCGGCCCCAGCCCCAGCGACUACGCAUAAAGCGAUCUCCUCCAAUCACACGGCAGCUUACAGCCAACGACCAAUCAGCAGACAGCUGCGUACCGCGAAUUAAGUACCGUCGACCUAUCACGAGACAGAACCCACGAGCGAACGAACUACCGCUGACCAAUCAGGAGACAGAACAAGCUAGGGGACGGAGCUUAGAACAUGAUGUGGCAGCUGGUUGGCGAAUCAAAGUGUUGCUAUUAAAACUGAACUCAUAAAGUCAAAUAAUAAUGGGUGAUUCGGAAACUAUGAUACUCACGAUAUUUUAAGCCCCGUAUAAUGCUAAAGGCAAAUUUUUCAAUGGUCAGAUAAAAGUUAUGUGAUAAUUCUGAUGCUGUCGCAUCUGAAUGUUGGUAUUAGACAGUGACAACCUAACCAUUAAAAAAUCAGCCCUAGUCAUAAAACGUCAAAUAACAACAGAUGCUAUCUGUAGUGUCCCCUUUUAGGUGACGUCAUCGUCAUUGUUACGUGACGUCAUCAUCAAUUCGACAGGGUUCCUGCGCAAUAGCAUUUCGUAAUUAUAUUUACGAGGCUUAUAUCAGCUAAUUUCAGUAGUUAGUUUCAUAAUACACCCCAACAAUAGAUACUCAUACGAAA